UUGAACCAUGACAUAACCUCAAAAUAAUUUUAAAUUGUUGAAUAGAUAAUACAUUUUCAUAAUAAAAAGACCCAAAUAGUUGAUAAAAAAUAAACUUUUUUUCCCGGCACUAUUUUCUGAAUUUGUUGUGUAAUUAUCGUACUAUUCAACGAUAUACUUCUAUCAUGGUAUAUGUUAUAAAAAUUCUUCGAAAUUUUUCAUUUAUUAAACGCUUUAAGGAUAAUCACUCGCUAUUCUCCCAAAUGAAUAGAGUUUAUAACUUCAGAAAAUAUCACAAAACACCAAGUUUGGGUGUUAAAAUGUUUAUGGAAAAUGAAAAUAAAUACGCAUACAAUAUAAUGCAAAGCAGUGGAUAUGCAAUUGAUUUUCUUAACAGCAGGGAAAACUACAAACAGUCCAUACAAAAAGAAGAAUUCCUAAAAACACUAGACAUAAAAGAGUUGAAAGGAAAUCCCCAUAAAAUUUUCCAAACGUUUUCAGCUUUAGGUACAUACUGUUAUGAACAUAAUAUUUGUAUAUCAAACAAACAGUUUGACGACUUUAUAGACAUUUUAACAGACAGUAUUAAUUUAGCCACUGAUGAAGAGUUACUUUCAUUGUUUUACAGUCUAGCGAAGUGUCCUGAGACAGAAUCAAUAAGAACAAGAAAUUACAUAGAAGUAUGGGCAGCUUUAGAUGAUGCAUGUAUCAGAAGAAUGAACAAAUGGUCAUAUGAACAAAUGCUAUUAUUUGUCUCUCUGUUUUAUAUGUUAAAUGUUACAAGGGUCAGUGACUUUUGUCAUAAGUGUUUACAAAAGCUAGUUUCAAAAGCACAUCAAUUAACGAAAAAUCAAAUUGUUAAAACUUUGUUUUUCAUUGGAAUCACAAGAAACUCACCAAUUAAUAUUCAUAAUUUAGAAGUUCAAAUUGAGAAACAAUUUCCAAUGUUUAGCAUAGAUGAACUGGCUAUAAUAGCUAUGGGAUUAUUCAAAAGUAAAACUCCUAUUAGGAGUAUGUCAUUAGUAACAAAAGUCAUAGAAAAAAUAAUAGAAAAUUCUAAGGAAAUCCAUGAAGUUUCUCUUGCUGCAUUAUUAAAAAUAAUUCGGUACUCAACUAAAUUGUCAGAUGAUAAUAAAGUCUACGACUUGCUUGAAAGCUUACAGCAUGAAAUACCAAGAUUGUCAAUUAUGUGCAAUGUUCAUGUGGCAUUAGUUGGAACAUCUACUUUAACAUUGCAUGAAAACUGUUUAAAUAUUAUUGCAGCCACUCUGGUAACAUCUUUAUCAAAGGCUAGAUUAAAGGAUCUCGAAAGGCUGAUACUUACCUAUGGUACAUUUAACUUUACACCUAAUACUGAAGAUUUUUUUUGUAAAAUAAUAGAAGAAUUGAAAAGGCCAGAACGCUCGGAGGAAAUUAAAAAACAUGGAAGAGUGUUUUCAAGUUGUGUGUCCUAUUUAGGACUUCUACAAAUAUAUCCUGCUGAGUUAAUGAAUAAAGUCCUAAGUCCAGAUUAUUUGAAUCAUUCUUACGGUAAACACUGCCAACAGUAUGGAAGGGAAAUUCUGUCAAUUCAUAACAUGGCAAAAAUAUUUAUCAAAGAUGGUCCAAUAAAUCUUCUUACUGAUAAACAAGUUGUAGUUUUAGCGAAAAAGUAUACAGACUAUGUGCCAGAUGAAAAUUACCCAAAACAAUACAAUGCAUUAGACAAAAUGUUUAUAGAUAUAAUGAAAGUUCUACAGAAAUCUCGUGGGGGUAAGGAAUAUGUUAUAGGACAUCAUAUUUUGUCACACCAUCAAAGAGGAGAUAUAAUUAUUUGCAAUGAUCACCAAGGUUCUCCAGUACCUGUGGACAAAGCAUUUUCAGAAGCAAAGUUCGGCCUCCUCUCAAAACCAAUUGACAAUAACUAUUGGAUAGCUUUAGUCAUUGCCAAUAGAAAUGCUUUUCUUAACUCUGGGAAUCCAAUUGGACACUAUUCAUCUAAAGUUAGAGAACUUAAUACAUUAGGAUUUUAUGCAGCCAUAGUGAAUUGGAAAAUCUAUAGCAAAUUGGACGGGGAAAAUGAAAAAAAUAGAUACCUCAAUACUUUAAUAAAAGGAGCUUUAGAAAAUAAAAAUUGAUUUUUAAA